CUGCGGAUCCUGGUGCCGGCGCUGGAAAACCAUGACCUUCAGCAAUUUGUCUUCUAAAGGAGCCGGAGGAGAUCUGAGCUAGGGUCUGCUUGUUCCUCCAGAGCUUCGGGGGGUGGCCGGUUUUAGCCUUGCUUCAUGUUAGACGCUAGAUGUCACCUGCAGAAGAAGAGAAGAGCUUACCUCUUCCAGAGAGAUGGCCCCGAGCCAGCAAAUUCGCUCUGUCAGCCUGUGCGGCGGCUGUGGCAGAACUAGUAACAUUUCCCCUGGAUCUCACGAAAACUCGGCUGCAGGUCCAAGGUGAAGCUGCGGUCCGUGGCAGCGGAGCUGCUGGUGGCCAGGCGGUCCCUUACCGUGGCAUGCUGCGCACCGCCGCGGGCAUCGUGCGAGAGGAGGGCUUAGGAAAGCUCUGGCAAGGAGCCACGCCAGCCGUCUACCGCCACAUAGUGUACUCCGGCGUUCGGAUGGUCGCGUACGAACAUCUCCGUGACUCCGUGCUUGGCAGGUCCGAGGAUGAAAGCUUUCCUUUCUGGAAAGCUGUAGUUGGAGGCAUGACUGCAGGUGCCAUCGGACAGUUUUUCGCCAGCCCGACUGAUCUGGUGAAGGUGCAGAUGCAGAUGGAAGGGAAAAGGAAGUUGGAAGGAAAGCCGUUACGGUUUCGAGGGGUGCACCACGCAUUUAUGAAGAUCCUGUCCGAAGGAGGAAUACGAGGACUUUGGGCUGGAUGGGUGCCCAAUGUCCAGAGAGCUGCUCUGGUGAACAUGGGAGAUCUCACCACUUAUGACUCAGUGAAACACUUUUUGCUUCUGAACACGCCGCUUGUGGACAACAGCGUGACUCACAGCGUUGCCAGUGCCUGUUCUGGCCUGGUGGCUGCUGUUCUGGGAACUCCUGCUGACGUGGUCAAAACCCGGAUAAUGAACCAGCCCAGAGAUAAGCAGGGGAGAGGUCUGCUGUACAAGUCUUCCAUGGACUGCUUGAUUCAAACUGUGCAGGGCGAAGGGUUUAUGUCUCUUUACAAAGGCUUCGUACCGACCUGGAUGCGAAUGGCUCCCUGGUCACUGGUAUUCUGGCUUACGUAUGAACAAGUCAGAAGGAUCUGUGGAGUUAGUUCUUUUUAAAAUCAUGAAACCACUUCAAUAUUCACAAAACAAGGAAGAACCGCAAAGCUGAAUUCUCAUUCCACAAGGGAUCCCAACACCAGAGGGAACUAAUUCAUUUAGGAGAUGGGCAGUAGGAACACAUGUAUAGGUUGCUGCCCUAAAUCUGUACCCUACUGGUUAGGAGUAGCCAUGACUUAAGGAUACUAUUUGCUUUAUCAGACUGCUAUAGGAAAGUUAAGUUAUCCUCAGGAUAAAAUUGCCACAAUAAUACUUCAACUAGCGAAAACAGAGGUAAAAAAAAUCUACCAAGCAAGUAGAAUAUAAUACUGUUUGCUUGUUUGAUAACAGACAUGGUUCCUAUUGUUAAGGAUAAAAGCAGGUUGAACAACACAGCA